AUGGCUACACUGAAUAAUAAUACUAGUUCAAGUGUUGCUGAAGAAGACAUUAAUCGACAUAAAUCAUUUAAACUCUAUCAAACGAUAGCAUAUGUUCUUUGUUUUACUGUUGGUCAAACACCGAACGAUCUUGAACGACGAGAUUAUCUGGUCUGCUGUAUCAACGGUGCACUUAUUUUUGGUUCAUUUCUAGGCAUUAAAUCUCAUGAGAUACAACUCAUGAUCGAUCCUCAAACACCAACAGGUGAUUGGUUUACACGUGUUUACUCCGUGAUACAUAUUCUUUUUUUUAUUACAUUGUCGAUUGUAAAACUAGCUCUUUCGACAAAACUCAAAUCAAAAUCCUUAUUUUAUGAUACUCUGGCUUCUAUCACUGGUAUUGUUCUCUCCAUUGCAUUAAUCUUACGAGAUCGUAUAUCAAUUUCUAAUGGAGAAAAGGAAAUCAUUGGUUUUCUAUGCAUGCUUACUGUUAUAUCUCUACCUAUCAUUAGUUUCAAAUUGAUCUUUAUUGGAAUAGUUUAUCAAAAUAAGUUAUAUCGUCAAUCACUUCGUCAAGAAAGCAACAAUACGUAUAUAAGUGUCCAUACUACUUUGUUAUCAUCGAGCCAUACACAUGGAAUUCCUUGA